GGAACACUUUUCAAUUUCUUUCCAAGUCUCCCCACAUGCGUGCACAGAACCGAAAUGGCGGAGACUGCAGACAGGAUGGAGAUUUCUCAGGGGGAGAGCUCGGCUAAGCCUGCAGCGGAAGACAUGACAUCAAAGGACUACUACUUUGACUCUUACGCUCACUUUGGUAUCCAUGAGGAGAUGCUGAAGGAUGAGGUACGCACCCUGACCUACCGGAACUCAAUGUUUCACAACAAGCACCUGUUCAAGGACAAGGUGGUGCUGGAUGUGGGCAGUGGGACGGGCAUCCUCUGCAUGUUUGCUGCUAAAGCUGGGGCCAAGAAGGUCAUAGGGAUUGAGUGCAGCAGCAUCUCUGACUAUGCCGUGAAGAUCGUCAAAGCCAACAAGCUGGACCACAUUGUUACAAUCAUCAAGGGCAAAGUGGAGGAGGUGGACCUACCGGUGGAGGGAGUGGACAUCAUUAUAUCUGAAUGGAUGGGCUACUGCCUCUUCUACGAGUCCAUGCUGAACACAGUCAUCUAUGCCAGGGACAAGUGGCUGAAACCCGAUGGCCUGAUCUUCCCGGACAGGGCCACCCUGUAUGUCACAGCCAUUGAGGACAGGCAGUACAAGGACUACAAAAUUCACUGGUGGGAGAAUGUGUACGGCUUUGAUAUGUCCUGUAUCAAGGAGGUGGCCAUCAAGGAGCCCCUGGUAGACGUGGUGGACCCCAAACAGUUGGUCAGCAGUGCCUGCCUCAUCAAGGAAGUGGACAUCUAUACAGUGAAGAUAGACGACCUGUCCUUCACCUCACCCUUUUGCUUGCAAGUGAAGAGGAACGACUACAUUCAUGCGUUGGUCACCUACUUCAACAUUGAAUUCACUCGCUGCCACAAGAGGACAGGCUUCUCCACCAGCCCAGAGUCUCCCUACACACAUUGGAAGCAAACAGUGUUUUAUCUGGAUGACUACCUGACUGUGAAGACUGGAGAAGAGAUAUUUGGCACUAUCAACAUGAAGCCUAAUGUCAAGAACAAUAGAGACCUGGAUUUCACUGUUGAUAUCGACUUCAAGGGUCAACUUUGUGAGGUUUCCAAGACCUCAGAGUACAGAAUGCGUUAGAUUCCACCCCUCCCAUGUGUAAGAAAGGGGGGGGAGUGCUGAAGGGAGAUUGAGGGGUCAGAGUGUGUGUAGAUCUUCAUUCUCCAAAUUGUUCAUAGUAGUCCAAAGCAACAUUUUUAAAGAUUCUGCUUUUUGUGUGAUGUUUGCUGUUCAGAUCUUAUGAGUUUUUAAAGACUUCAGAGAUCCUCAAACUUAAGGGGCCAAGGUGGAAUGAUGUGGCGAUUCAUUGUGCAAUAGUCUCUCAAAUGUUUAUUUUACAUGUUUGUUCUGAUGUCUUUACGUUGAGCGUCUACACCUUUGCUCACAACCUUGGCCUAAUUGAUAAAUACACACCCUGACCCUUCUACCUGCCUGUACAUAGUGUUACUGUUCAGUCACUUUGGCCUCUUGUACAGUCAUGGAUAUUGUUGACAAAGUCCCAGUCCCUCCUUUUUCAUUGUUUUUUCUUAAGAAGCGCCUCCUGUGGCUGUCCUUACCUUGCCAGAUAAUGAGUCUGCUGUGUGGACCUAGGGCAGCCAUAGGUGUAUCUCAAAUUCCAUAUGAGGCGUUGGGGUAAUUUCCCAGCACGCUCAAGCAGUUUUAAUGAUAUAACCGAUCAGGAAGCUGCCUGGAAACCCAACUUGACUAUCCCUGUAGAUUCCAUGUCUCUGAUUUAAAUGUGAUCUUGGACAGCCUGCUAGGUAUGCGAUGGAAAUCUUGAAUGCUUGUUAAGCAUGGGGCUUAUUCAACUAUGGAUGUGUUGUAUCAUUGUAUCUUUAUUAUAACUGUCAUUCAUUAGAGCUCCAAUUCAGAGCCCUCCCCAUUUGAAAACCAAGCAUAGUUUUGAAUGAGGAGCUAAACCCAGUGCUGGAUUCGAGUAAGAGGGAGGUGGAUGGUUUGUUGGACCAUAUGUGUCCAGUUGUCCUGAGUGAGUUUCCUGGGACUGGAUGAAAUUGCCUGUUUCCCCAUAAGUCUGUGGACUCCUUCUUUAUGAUGAGACAUAAGUCCAAGCACCUGUCUAAGCCAAGUGCAGCACUUAACCUUGAAACAAUUGUCAGAGGCUGAUUCAAGGGUCUGGAGUGUUUACUUGGAUGAUAUUGAUCACUGGGAGUAUGCAGGGCAGAGUUGGGUCAGACUGGACUUUUGUUAUAGGUUAUUUUUGUCCUUGCUGCUUUUUAAAUAAAAUUAUUAAACACAA